UGUUAUUGCUGUCAUAAAGAAUUAUAUUUAUUUUAACAGUGAUAAGCCUUUUUAAUAUUAUUAAAGAAAAAAAAAGUAUAUUAUAACAGGUCAAUGCUUUGUAUUUGUUAUCAUACUGAUAAGUAAACGAAUUAAACUAAAAAAACAAAUUAAACAUUUGACUUUUAGUAAUUGUAUAAUAAUUUUAUAAAUAAAUAAUGGCAAAUGAUAAUGAUGAAGAGGUUAAAAAACUAAAGGAACAAGGCAAUGCUUGUGUUAAAGAUAAAAAAUAUGCUGAGGCAAUGUUUCAUUACACUCAUGCUAUUAAAAUUGAUGAAAAAAAUUAUUCAUUAUACAGUAAUAGAUCAUUUGCAUUUUUAAAAAUGCAACAAUAUCAUUUUGCAAUGGAGGAUGCAUUAAUGACUAUUAAAUUAAAACCAGAUUGGACAAAAGGAUAUUUUCGUAAAGCUGAGGUUGAAUAUCAAACUUUUAGAUUCUCAGAUGCAUUGACAUCAUAUGGAAUGGCAUUAAAUCUUCAGCCAAAUGAUCCAGCAAUUAUGGAAGCAAUUGGAAGAACUACAAGAUCACUAGUCAAAGAUCGAAAAGCUGAUCAACAAAUUCCAUGGCUUGGUGCUGGAAUUGGAAUAAUAAUUGGUGUUAUUAUUGUCAUUUGUGAUUAUGUAUUUACAAAUAAACCAACUUUAUCACAUCCAUUGUUGAUGGCACUGAUGACAAUGUCAAUAGCAAUGAUGGGUUUUGGAAUAGCUAAAGGUUUUCGUUAUUUUGUUAAAUGCCAAAGAAAAUCACUUCUUGAUGCACCAAUUGAUUUACUUGAUGCUGACAACAGCCAAGAUGAUAAACAAGAUAAUGAAAUUAAAAAUAAUGAUAAACAUCAAAAAUAUAGUAAAGCACAAGCUCGUCAAAGAUUUAAAAAAGGAAAAACGUAGUUAUAUUAAUUAAAAAAUAAUUAAAUAGAUCGUUUAUUUCACUUGUCAUUUUUAUAAAAUGCAUUUUAAUUAUUAAAGAAGAGAAAUUCAUUCAAAUGAAUCGACAUUUCAUUUGUCAAUGUUUCAUUUCUUCAUUGUCGUGUUCUACUCAACAAGUUUAUUAAAUUUAUAAUUAUCAUUAUUUAAAAAAAUAUACUAGUGUGAUGAUUUUAUGUAUAUUUUUUAUUUAUUCAACAAAAAAAAUAUCAUUAUUACAUCAUUGAUCUAUUUAUAAUAACAUCAAAAUGAGACUGAAGUUUUAAAAUUGAUCACUUUAUUUUUCAUGUCUCUCCUUUGAAAUUCAAUAUGUACAUCAAUUAAUUUUCUCAUUCUUUAAUUAAAAUUAAAUUUAAUAAUAAUAAUAAUUUUCAAAAAUAAUAUUUAACAAUGUUUUAUACAAAAAAAUUAUUCAAAUUUUUGCUAUAAACAUUUUAUAAAAUUUUAGAAAUAAAUUUAACAAAUGUACUAUUAUUUAUAUAACAAAAAAAAAAA